AUGUCGCAUGCAAUGUCAUAUCUUGGCCCACGGGCCUUCAAUCAUGAGCAAAACCGCGACGCUGAGGCCGAAUACGAUCGUCUCCGCGACCUCGCCAGACAAGAAGCAACAAAGCGCGGAUCAUGCUUUGAACGCUCCCAACAAGCCUACGCCGCCGGCGACGGCGCGGGCGCCAAACAGCUCUCCGAACAGGGCAAGGAACACGGCCGCCGGAUGGAAGAAUACAACCGGCAGGCGUCCCAGUUCAUAUUCCGCGAGAACAACGCCAACGGACGGGUGCCGGAUGACACGAUCGAUCUGCACGGCCAGUUUGUCGAGGAGGCGGAGGAUAUCCUGGAAGAACGGAUAAAAUAUGCCAGGGCCCACGGGCAGACGCACCUUCACGUAAUCGUCGGCAAAGGGAAUCACUCCACUAACCACGUCCAGAAGCUCAAACCGCGGGUGGAGCAGGUGUGUCGCGACCUUGGCCUGCAAUAUUGUACGGAAGACAAUGCGGGCAGGAUGUAUGUCAACUUGACGGGCGGACCGGCGCAGAUGCCGUCGUAUCCACCGCACCAGCAUCAUCAUCCACAACACGCUCCGCAGCCGCAUCAUGGCGAGCAGCAGCAGCAAGAGAAUACCCUUGUUGAACAAGCUAUUACCAACGGCUUGCCUAGGCUUUUGCGAAAGCUGGAGAAGGCCUGCUGCAUUGUUAUGUGA